AAGAUUUCAAGAAAAUUCACCUGUAAAAAAGCAUCCCAAUCCCCACCAAACCCUCCUUUUUUAUAAUCUUUCCCUGUGUACUACAUGUGUGUUUGGUAUAUUUACACUCUUUCUUGAUUCUUGAAAACUGUUGUAAGAGUUUUGCAAAAAGUAAUCCAAUAAAGAAACCAUUUUUGUUGUCUCGAGUGCUGUUUUUAAUCUUGGGUUUGUGUAAAGAUCGGUAAUAUUACAAGAAUAUGUGAUUCUUUUUAUGAAUUUAUUUGAAUAAAAUAUAUAAAAAAGGGUAUUAAUUUAUUCUUGAAAACAGAAGAGAGCAGUUGUUUUGUAACUGUAACAAAUAACAUGAUGCUGCAAAUUACAGAGCAUUUUAUUCCUUCAUAAUAAUAAUAAAAACUGAUUGCUUUGAUUCAUUAUAUCUCACAGAAAACCCUUUUUAGGGUGUUUCAAGGAACUGACUCUCUUUCUCUUCAUUGCUUCUGGUUCACUGUUUGUGGGUCUUCUUGGAUCUAAAAACCCCUUUCUCUCUCUUCUUUUAUUGUUGCUUCAAGUUUUUACAUGUUCAGUCUAUUUAUUAGUAUAAUAAAUAACAAGGGUUUUUAUUUUUAUUAUUUUGGUUUGAUUCUUUUUGGGUUUGGGAGUUUUGGGGGGAAUUAGUGGCUGGUUCUUCUUCAUGGGAUGGAUUUGAUGGUGAAGUAUUAUAUCUUCUUGGUGUUGCAAGCUUGCACCAUUGUUAAUUCUGUGGUUCUUCAAGAAACUUCAGGCCGCACGAUAUCACUGUCUGAUAGUUUUUAUGCUGUUCCUCCCAUUAUCGAAGGAUCACACCGUCGUGUAACUCAAGAAACGCAAAUAACGAGCAAUUCAACUAGUCCAACGUCUCAACCAAACGCUUCUCCACAUUUUGAGUCUGCAUCAGGACCACAAGCGAACAAUGGUCUUAAACCUUCUUUGUCUCCAAACACUCCUCUGAAUGAACCAUCACCUUCUAAAGGUCCCGGCUUGCUGCCAGAUGCUGCAGCACCAAUCACAUCAAUCCCAGAAGGGUCACCACCAAGCCCGCCCGUUAUCCCGCCAACCAUCCCCGUAUCUGUGCCACCAAUUCCUCAACAAGACAAGGGACCCGACACCAAGUCUCCUGCCAAUCCGCCAACUGCAUCGGUACAAAUAGCACCACUGCCAAAAGAAGUGCUUCAUCCGCCCCCGGUGGCUCAAGUGGCACCAUCUAUGUCUCACGUGCCACCAUCCAUCCCCCAAGUACCAUCAUCAAUGCCAGAAGGACCACCAUUUAUUGUGCCUGAGCCCGUUGCAUCGCCUCCAACCAAGUUGCCGAUGGCAUCACCACCAACACAACCUACAUUGCCCAUACCACCUCCUAACUUGCCACUCCCCGCUCAAUUACCACCAAGCACAUUACCGAGUUCGCCGCCUGCUCCCUCUACAUUGGAUGUGCCUCCUUCUAACUUAUCAGCCCCUUCGUCGCCACCAAGCACAUUGCCAAGAAACACACCUCCAAGUCCACCUACAUUAAACGUACCUCCACCAAAUACGCCAGCCCCGUUGUCGUCUCCACCAAGCACAUUGCCAAGAAAAUCACCUCCAAGUCCCCCGUUCACGAGACCUCCUCCAAAUUUGCCAGAAUCCCCGUCUACUUAUGAGGUGCCUCCAAGCAACUCGCCAAAAGAUUUGCAGCCGAUCCACCGAAACUCAUCUGCACCUCCUCCAAACAUGCCAGCGCCUAUUCCAAGCACGAACAAGGGAGGAAAUAGAUUUCCUGAUCCUUCACCUCCAAAUCGAACAACCAAUAUUGCUCCAACUCACAAUUCUCCAAAGAAAGCUCCGAUCUUUCACAAAGCUCCGAGCUUCUAUAACCAUCCUCCUCCGCCUACAAGAUCUCAUCCACCGCCAUCUUUGCCGCCAUUGUAUCCUCCACCUCCACCAGGUCCGAAGAGUAAGCCAAGGCACCACAGCCCUCUGCCACUACCCGGUCCAGAGAGUAAUCCAAGGCACCAUACCCCUCCGCCACCAUUUUCAAUUUCACCUUCGAUCUCUCCAUCUGUACAAACUAUAAUGCCGGUUCUUUCGCCUAAAGUUUCUCCUUCUCAUGCUUCACCAAGGAUUCCGAAGCCAAUUCAAGCUUUACCACCUCCGCCUCCCAAUGAAGAUUGUUUGUCGAUAACGUGCGUCGAGCCAUUGACCAACACCCCACCCGGAACACCAUGUAAUUGCGUUUUGCCGAUGCAACUUGAGCUUGGCCUUGGUGUUUCAAUAUAUACCUUUUUUCCUUUGGUAUCGGAGCUGGCUUUUGAAAUAGCUGCCGGGGUCUUCAUGAGAUCGAGUCAAGUUCGAAUCAUGGGAGCAAAUGAGGAUAGCCAAAAUCCCGAAAAAACCAAUGUUAUCGUUAACUUGGUACCCCUCGGUGAAAAAUUUGAUAACUAUACCGCAUUAGUAACAGCUCAAAGAUUAUGGCUGAAACAAGUGCCGAUCAAAUCGUCUCUUUUUGGUGAUUAUGAAGUUUUGUUCGUGAAAUAUCCAGGGCUUCCUCCAUCGCCACCUUCCCGAUCUUCGGGCAAUGGAAUGAGCGGUGACCCAUACGGUCAUGGCAACAAUGGAAGGGACGUAAAGCCUUUGGGAGUCGAUGUGAGUAAGCAGAGGCGUAACAACAAGCUAAAUGGCGGCAUUAUUGCUAUAAUAGCUUUGUCAGUUGUUGUGGCCGUGGUUCUUGUCGGUGUCACGGUUUGGGUUCUGCUGUUUAAACGCCCUGUUGGGGCUCAGUCGGGCUCAAUUCUGCCAGCUACUUUUCCUCCCGUCACAAAAUCGUCAGGUGUGGGUGGAUCGAUGACGGGAAGUGGGCCCGAGUCGGCUUCACUAUCAUUCCGGUCUAGUAUAGCAUACACGGGAUCUGCAAAAACGUUUAGUUCGAGUGAUAUGGAAAAAGCAACCGAUAACUUCAAUGAGUCGGGGGUUCUUGGUGAAGGUGGAUUUGGGCGUGUUUAUAGCGGCGUGCUUGACGAUGGGACAAAAGUGGCGGUCAAAGUACUUAAGCGAGAUGAUCAACAGGGCGGUCGUGAAUUCUUGGCGGAAGUCGAGAUGCUUAGUCGCCUGCACCACCGAAAUUUGGUCCGGUUGAUUGGUAUAUGUACGGAGGAAAGAAACCGGUGCUUGGUUUACGAGCUCAUCCCAAAUGGCAGCGUUGAAUCUCAUCUACACGGAGUCGACAAGGAAACCGCACCGCUCGAUUGGGGGGGUCGGUUGAAGAUAGCUCUGGGUGCGGCUCGAGGACUAGCUUACUUGCAUGAAGACUCAAGCCCAAGAGUCAUACAUAGAGACUUUAAGUCAAGCAACAUUCUUUUGGAACAUGACUUCACCCCUAAAGUUUCCGAUUUUGGUUUGGCUCGAACCGCUUUAGAUGAAGAAAACCGGCACAUUUCGACUCGUGUCAUGGGCACCUUCGGAUAUGUGGCUCCCGAGUAUGCGAUGACUGGCCAUCUUCUUGUGAAGAGCGACGUUUAUAGCUACGGAGUCGUGCUCCUCGAGCUCUUGAGCGGAAGAAAGCCCGUCGACAUGUCGAUGCCACCGGGGCAAGAAAACCUAGUUGCGUGGGCCCGUCCCCUCCUCCCGACUCCCGAAGGCUUAAACUUGCUUAUCGAUCCAUCACUGUCCCCGGAAGUUCCGUUCGACAGUAUAGCUAAAGUAUCGGCGAUCGCUUCGAUGUGCGUGCAGCCGGAGGUAUCGCACCGGCCGUUCAUGGGCGAGGUGGUCCAGGCAUUGAAGUUGGUGUGCAACGAGUGCGAAGAAACACGAGAUCUCGGCUCGAGGAGUUGUAGCCAAGAGGAUCUGACGUCCGUAGACUUUGACCCUCGGGUCAGCACAAACUCGGGCCCGACCCGGUCCGCCUAUCCGAGCUACGAGUCUCCAUUAGAUGUGGAGAGCGGGUUUUCGACCUCGGGUCUCGGGCUAGAUGUAGAUUCGUAUAGGAUGACCUCGAGUUCGGGCCCGUUGAGGCCACGGAGACGGCCGCAGUUGUGGGAAAGAAUGAAGAGAUUUUCAAGUGGCAGUUUAAGCGAUUACGGAGACUUUUUGAGGUUAUUAUCUCGAUCGCGUUGACUUUUCUCGAGUUCAUGUUGACCCAUUAAUUCGAUGAUCGGGCCGUCAUGGGUCGACCCGUAAAUCGCUGCUUGAAAUGUACAGAUAGAAUUGUUACAUUGUACUGGGAAUGUAUUUCCUUGGUAUAGUUGUAAAUACAGAGCAGCUGCAAAACUUUUUGAACGCACCAUUGUAAUUUUCAAGACUUGAGGGGGUCAUCAGGCAAUUUCGGAUAACUUCGGGUGCAUAAUUGUAAUAUUGUAAUUCAGAAUGGGCAAGAUCGGUCCUUCUACUUUUUUGUAAUGAAAAAUAACAACCUACUUUUGAUUA